AUGAAUUCCCUGAUCGGCCAGGAAGGCGACGUCGAGUUCAGCCUGCACGACAGGCAGGUCAGCAUGAUCAUCGUCCUCCUGGUGGCCGUAGUGGCCGGCGUGUGCCGCGCGCUGCGACGCUUCGUCAACAUCCCCGUCGUUGCCGUGGUCGUGGCACUAGGCUUCGGCGCGGGCCGCCUCGUCGGCGGCUACAACCUCAAGGAGAAAGUCCUUCCGGUCACCGACCUGCACAUCCGGGAGCUGCUGUUCCUCUACCUUCCCGUGCUCGCGUUCACCGGCUCGAUCAACCUGCGCGGCCACCUGUUCAGGCAGUGCUUCUGGCAGUGCGUGCUGCUCGGCUUCGGGGGCCUGCUGUUCAGCACCCUGCUCUUCAUGCUGUACAUGUCGGGCACGCGGGACGCCGAGAAGCAGCACCUGGCCGAGACGGUGCUCAUCAGCCUGCUCACGUGCUGCCCCGAGCUCAUGUUCGUGUCGGACAUGAACGCGCUCUCGUCGGCCCGCUCGCACAUCCUCGAGACCAUCAUCAUGGGCGAGCCGCUGGUCGGAGCCACCGUGCUCUGGAUGGCCUACCGGUUCAGCACGCUGCCCGAGAAGCUGACUAUUUAUGCCUUCCUAAAAACGGUCGCGUGCACACUGUUCGUCGGGCCACUGGUUGGUAAGUUAAUCGGUCACGCGCUCGCGAUGGCCAUGGUAUCGCUGGCGCAGGACCUGCCCGUCUCAUUCGUGGUGAGCGCAAUCAGCGUGAUCGCGACGUGGGCCUUCGCCGAGCAGUUUAUGCACGGCGCUGGUAUCAGCACAAUCCUCUCGAUGGGAAUCGCCACCAGCUCUCACUCGGCGGCCACUGUGUACAACCCUGUCGCGCUCAAGAAGUUCUGGAUGCUCAUAAGAUACGGCUACAACGUCGUCGUCAUUUUCCUGUCGGCUUACCGGAUCGGCCGAGACACGCGGGAGUACCUUAGCUGGCACGAGAUAAUGAGCCCGGUCAACGCGUACGUUGCGAAGAUCGGCGUCCGAUUCGUGACCAUCAUCGUGCUGUAUCCGCUGCUGGUAUCCGUGGGUUAUAGCCUCAGUUGGCAGCAAUGCUUGAUUGUGGCCUGGGCGAACUUCAAGGGUGCCAUAAUGAUCGGAAUGGACUUGACAAGGGCUUUCCCGACCGUCAACCUCGAGUACGCUCUUAAGGAACAGUUCAUUCGCCUGGGCACGCUAUUUCUUGUGCAAGUCCUCAACACCACUACGCUUCCUAAACUCAUGUCGAUGCUGGGGCUCCUGGCGCUAUCGGACGUGGAAAGGGCCAAUAUGAACAUGGUUAUAGUUGCGCUUCGCAACACCGCGAAUUCGUCGACUAGCUUUCAGCGGCGCGACAAAAAGUUCUCUGGUGCCGACUGGAAGUGGGUUCAGAUGCACACGUGCAUCGACAACCCGUAUAUCGGAGCCGAUGAAGAAGAUCAUGCCGAACAGACAGAGACUUACAUGCCCGCUCGCGUCUACAGGAAUGCUGCUGCAAGAAAGGCCAGCUGCUCCAUCCUAAGGCUCCAGAAAGUCUGCUGCAACAAACAAUAUGAAGACGGCAUGAUUCACAGCAAAACGAGGGGCAAAAUACUGGCCGCCCUGCAGUAUCCCAUGGAAAAGGAAAUCUACCUCGAUUAUAGCAUGAUGAAGCCAUUCGUGACCGUCCCCGACUGGAUCUACGGGCUCAAGGACUUGGUGCAGCGAUUCGCCGGUAACGAGGCCAUCGAGAAGCGCCAAUAUCGAUCGAUACGUUCCAGCCGCUCGCGCACAGACGACGACGAUGAGGAAAAGGAGCAGGUCAGCUUGCUCUCUGCCAUGCUCACAGAAGGCUGGUACCACGCCAUAAUUGGGUUCAUUGCUUUGGGUUUCGUCUUGCUCCUCAGUGGCCUGGCUCUGUUCCUGCUCAAAAAGCGUGCGGACCCAUCACAACACGAGCUGCUCCUGUCGAUCAUCACCUCUGUGCAGGGCGCCUACGUGCUGCUCUACUCGAUUGAGAUGGUGCUUCUAGUGUACACCGUUGGCAUGCUGCACGUGGGCAAGGAUAUAUGGAAGCAACUUGACGUUAUCAUGUAUUUUCUGGUAGUCACGGAGUUCGUGCUCAUCAGUAUGGCAUCCGUGACCAGCGGUGGCAAGCCUGACACCGCUUACACCAGCUUCCUGCAAAUAAGCUUCAUCACUCUUAUCUCAUGCCGGAUCGUGAAGACGCUGCAGAAGCGCGUCGUGCUCUUCCUGUGGAUAUGGGACCUGCUGGACGGGCUGCUGAACCGCAAGCUGUUCUACGCGUACGACCUGAGCUGGGCCUAUAUCACGGCAGAGGACGAGGCCAUGAACAAGGUGUCCCGUUUCGUCUCCACGCCGCAGUUGGCAGCCGCCAUACGUGAGAACAGCGGCUACAACAAGCUGGAGACGCUCAAGAACGUCGUGGACAUUCAGCAGCGCUACCCCAACAUCGAAGUGGCGACCAAGACGCGCCAGGCGGCGCGCAGAAUCCUCAACAAGGCGCUCGAUGGCCUCAGAGAGCUGCACGAAGGGGGCCUGUUGGACGACAAGCAGUUCGGCCUGCUCUUCUCCAACCUCUCCUGGAUGAUCCAGCGCGCCGACGGCAUGCCCACCAACGUGGCCGUGGGCAACGCGGCGUUCAACACGAUGCUCAGCGUGCCGUGGCUCACGCGCGAUGUCGUGCCGCGGCUGCUCAAUUCCUUCUACCAGUACCUGAAAGAAGGCGAGCUGCUUGUUGAAAAGAACAACAUGCACGACUGCGUCUUCAUCAUCUGCUCGGGAAUCGUCCGGGUGAGCGGCUGCAAUGAGGAGCCUUGGGCGAACCCCGUUCAGCUCGCCAACUCGGACUCUACGCAUUUCUACUUCUGCGAGGGCUCCUUCCAGGACUACCUCGUAGCACCCGACGCGCUCGGGCUGCUGGGCUUCUUGACGUCCAGGCCGUCGGUGUGCCAGUGCGUGUGCGAGACGGACGUCGAGAUGUGCUGCAUCCCCAUGGAGGAGAUGACGUCGCUGGUCGAGCAGCACCCGGAGGCGCCGAACCUGGUGUACCGCAUGUGGUUCAGUGUCGCCAUCCGCAUCGGUCUCGCCGUGCUCGUCAACCAGAAGCGGUACCAGGAGUGGACGCACGACAAGCUGAAGCGCUUCCUGGAGAACGGCAUUAUGCCCAACUUGUAUUACGCCAUUGACUUCUCGCUCGACGAGGCCGUGCUGGACGUGAUACUGGUCCAGGGCGUGGUCCAGUGCUCCAAGACGCAGGAGCUCUACACCGGCCCCUCGUACAUCCCCAGCGCGGUGCGCGAGAUGACCCUGCCAGGCAUCCCCUCCGAUCGGGCGCGACCCGUAAUGCUGAUCACCACGAUGAUGCGCUACCACCUGCCGAGCGACCUCGACUGGUUCCACCAGCCGCUUACGCACUACGACUACAAGAAGCAGCGCGCCGUCUCCAUGGCCGUCGUCAGAACCAACUAGCCGUUCGUCUCACGGCCGAAAAGACGCGCCACCGGCGGUGGUCGGACCUUUCGCCAUCCCGCCGCCGACACCGCCGUCUGUCGGUGGUGGAAGAGCCUUUGACAACGGUCGCACAGGCUGCUUCGAACUGUACAGUUUAAUUUCAGUGUUUCGUUCUUUGUACACUAUCGCUUUAUUGACAAUCGAGCGUCGUUUGACCUUUUGCAUUCGUAGUGUUUUGCCAUAAUUGUUUUGUAGUAAUUUGCGCGAUCAUCCGUCACCUUGUACAAAAUGUCCCAUCGAAGCGCACUCGUCAUUGUAAGGCUUGUUGUAGACGCGACCAGCCAUGAAUGGACACCACAACGUGCUUUAGGUGCACCAACGGACACUUAGUAAUUACUGGACUUGAAGACGGGGUUGUGGGGGCAUUGCGUUGGAAGCGCGCCGCAUCGUUUCACACGCAGACCUAGUUGGUCCGCGUUGCGCGUAUUUUCACGCCGUUCUUCGAGGAUUCCACUUGCAUCGGCCGGCGGGAGGGCACACCGCACGUUGUGCCGUGAACCUUGUGAGAGGACUCGAUGAACACGCGAGCAGCGUCCACUUCGUGUCGGAAGCUGUGCGUUGACCAGCUGUGCUCCGCGGGUGCGGCUGUCUCGAAGCAGCUGGGCCGCAGAAUACGCACCGACGCGCCCGUCUGAACGAAUGGUUGAAAUAAAGUUCUCGGAAUGGGGUUUUAAUGGCAAAGUCUGAAGCUUGUGAUUCAUAGUAACAUACGGCGAACAUAUGCGAGCUAUGCGAGGCAUCUCAAUGAAACGUCGUGUAUUCGUGAUGAUUAUACCUUCGCGCAUCUUCGACUCGUGUGUGCGUUUUAGCAUGUCCUCCUCACCUCGUGCGAGCCUGAAUACACGCCUCUCGAAUUGUAACGCAGUAAGCGCAGCCCACGCUAUAUAGCUUUGAAAACUAACGGCAAACGCAGGACGGGGAUACGAGCAAAACACAUCAACACACAGACAGGGCGCUAAUUUACAUUCUCGCACUGUGACGCGCGCGCAACCACUGGUGCAGAAUCUCGAACACACCGCUCGA